CGUGGCUAAAUAGGGGUAUCUCCGGUUAUUCAGCUAAUAACGGUAGAAUCGGACCGGAAUGAAAACUAUAGUAGGAGUAUCGCUGUAGGUUCUAGGCGCUUCAUUCCCAAAUAGAAUUUAAAGCGCCAGACUCAUCACAUUAAGUAACAUCACGGAGAAAAAGAACAGACACGUAACGAGGAAGACUGCGUCGGAAGGUCGUGGCAACUUCUUUUGUGCUCUGGAAGGAGUAGGAGCCAAUUUACAGAUCUGUUUCUGCAGCACGAUUUACAUUCGCCUCCGAGGCGGAGUCGGGAAAGCCAGAGCGGACCAGAAGGAAGCCUUUCCUUCUUUGGUAACUAUUAAACAAAUCUUCCCUAAUAUCUGAAUUUUUCCGAUCCGAAAGAGCCAUCUGUGCACAUCAUUAUAACAAGGGAUUUCUUUCAAUACAUGUCUGGUUUCCUCUGUUUUAUCUUUUACCUUGUAAAUCCAUUGUCUCUGCUCCUCUACAUAUACACGGUGUCAUUGUGAAAAUGUCGUUGCAGUUUAUCAAGGAUGACAAAGGUAAGGAUCAGCUGCUUUAUAAAGGAUAUCUGUAUAAGAAAGUGCGUGCAAGCGGGAACAAAACGUUCUGGAAGUGUGCUGAAUACCACAAAUACUGUUGUACAGGAAGGGCUCACACAAGCCACGACCAAGUUAUAAAGGCUUUACCACAUCUUCAUCCUCCCACCAGGAUGCCAACAGAAGCUGACCAAGUGCCAUAUAGCGUGAAAAAAAUCACCACGGGCCCAGAAUCAAACCCUAAAAUGAAUACAGCAAGUUGUGAUGCAUUGUCAGAAGUUCGUACCAAGAAAUGGUGUACACACCAUCCAAGCCAGACAAUCCAACGUUUGAGAGCAUGUUUGAAGGCAAGCCGCCAACCUUCGCCCAAUUUACGGGAAUCUAUCGCUGCUGUUGAAACAACUGUUAAAGAGCCAAUUGUGCCAUCAGCUUUAACAUCUCCUGGCUUUCAUGAGUUCACCGACAGCUCUGUGGAAAUGCCAAACCCUGGUCUUUGUAAAGAGAAGUGUGCUCUGAACUCGCCUUCAAUCCAGGCUAAUCGAGAAGCUGGUCGACAGAGAUUCCGCCUAUCCACCCUUCUCCCUGGAGAAACUCUGCAGGAGAUUCUGUCCCGGCUGAGUACUGCAGCCCUGCAAUGGCUCUGUCCUCAGGAGCACAGCAAAGACCAGAUUGUGGACAUGGUCAUCCUGGAGCAAUUUCUUAGUGUGCUUCCAGUGGACCUGCAGACAUGGUUGAAAGCCCAGCAGCCAGGCAGCAGCAAGGAAGCCGUUCAGUUGGCUAUGGCCUAUCAUAAACAGGAACCUGCCAAGCCCAUUCAGGAUACGAUAACCUUUGAAGAUGUAUCUAUUCAUUUCACUGAGGAAGAAUGGACUCUACUCAACCAUAAAGAAAAAAACCUUUACUGGAAUGUCAUGCAUCAAAAUUAUGAUAAUGUAGCCUGUCUGGCAAGAGAUCAGAUCAAAGGAAAAAGCCAAGAGGAAGACCUUCUGCAGGAAGUCUUUGAUCCAGCAGUGGAGUGGCUGGAAAAAUCCAAGGAGACAAUUUUACAACAUUCUGAACAAGAGUUGAAUAAAAACUGUCUGAAGAACCAGCAAAAGAGAACCUUGGAGAAGGAAGAAAUAUUCAUUUGUUCUGAAAGAAAUAUGAUGGGACCAGACAGAGACAUAAUUCUUCUAGACACCGAAGUAGGGCUGCGGAGUCAAUGCCUACAUAUUGAUUAUGGAGAAAGUGGUACUCUUGCAAUACCUAUCAAUGAUCAGAAAACCCUGAAUGAGGAAGAUCUAACAGGCUCAUAUGGAAUAUCCAAUAAGAUACAUCUCCAGAAUCUUAAGCAAAAUUUAAUCAAAGAGGAACAAAAUAAUACUGAAAGACAACAGGCAGAAAAAGAGAAAUUUUAUGGAGGCCAUUGGAGGAAUCCAGUCCAUCAUGAAACUCGAACAAGUUGGAAAGCUGUGUGCGCAGCCAUUGAUGAUACAGAACAAACUGAGCCACUAAUACUUGACAAUCGGGGAGAUUUUAGAUAUGUAGAUAAAUCAUUGGAAACAAUUGUGGAAAGAAUUUCUCCAAGCCCUGAUCCAGAUCCAAUGCUCAUUUGCUCAAAAAUAUGUUCUGCUGAGUUGAAUGAAAGUACGGAUUUGACCAGUGAAAACCAGAAUAUUCUGGAAAGUGGUCUGGUUAAUAGUUCAGAAAAUGUAGGAGUACUGGAGAAACUCAGUUAUUUUGGAAGUGUUUUACAGGAACCUGCAACACAAAUUCCUCAUUCAGAUGUUCAACAAGAUUCAGAAACCCAGUACAGAUACACCAGUCAUAGUAAUGAAGAUGACGCUUCCAAAAUCAGCCUUGGCAGUCAGUUGAUUACAUGUCCUAAGUAUAAAUGUAUUAAUUCUUUCAAAAAGUAUGCCUGUUCCAAUCCUGAGGAAAUCAUCAGUAGUCUUUCAGCUUUAAUAAAACACAGAAGAGCUGACCGAAAAUAUUUCAGUAGAAGAAGUUUGAAAUUCCAGUCUGGAACACAUCAUAGAACUCACACAAGAAAUAAUCUCCAGAAACGCUUGAUUAGGCAUAACUGGUGGUACUUGAAACAAAAUAGAAGCUGGCUUCUUGAAUUGGGAGUUACUCUAAAGCAGUUUCCAAAGUUUGAUUCCAUAACACUUAACACCCAAAUAGGUGAAGCUUUGUACCUGGCUGUGCAAAUCAUAAGGAGGUUUUCUGCAACUGGGUUUUUCUCUUCAAGUUCCCCCCAAAUGGAACAACAGGAGAGAUCUUUUCCUCUUCCCUUUCUAGACAAAAUGGCUACUGAGCCUACCUUAAGCCAGGUAAUGACUGUGCUACAGCAGCUGGCUGCUAAUAUUGCAGAAAUCAAGGCAGCCAUCUCCAGCCUGCAUUCCACUGUAACUAGCCUCCAGAAUGGGUAUUUCCCUGAGUGCACAGGUGAAGCUGAAGGUGGGAUUUCUGAUUUGGAAGACCCCUCCCAAAAGACCAAAGCUCAGUCUGGGCAGCCUUGUAAUUAUAUUAAAACCACUGAAGUCAAACAGGUGGGAAAAUCCACACAGACCAAUGUAAGAGCUGAAUUGUGGUCAUCUCUGAAUGUUGAAAAAGGCGCAAAUUCUCAUCUCUCCCCAAUUCAUGAAUCAGGAGAGUCAUGAAGAAAAGAUUAAAUUCCCAAACUGGCAAAAUAUAGAAUUAUAGAAUUGGAAGCAUCCAUUGCUGGAAGUAACAUUUAUUUAUAGUAUAAUUUGUAGAAAACUUUUCAAAACUACAAAAAGAAGCAGUAGUGAUCAUAGUAAUAAAAUAAAGUGUUUCAUGUGUCCGUGCAUUGAUGGCUGAGCGUGGAAAAAGGUUUAAAGCAGUUUGCUGUAAUCCCCAUGUUCAGAAACAAACAAGACUGCCUCUCAUUGAUCUAUCACACAAAAUAUGGUGAGGAAUAUCUGUUAGAAAAAUUUCCUCUGGGGAAAGAUUACGCAAGUAGAGAGAAGCAAAAUAGUGAUUUAAAAAGGCUGACCCUUUUUAGACAGAAGGAAAGAAAGAAGAGGGAGCUUUUAAAAUACGCAUUAUCUAAUGUGAGGGAAUUGUCUACCUUCUUAGUUCACUCCAUAUAACUUUCUUUUAAGCAUAAUGUUCCUGCAGCCUAGAUGUUCACCAAAAUGCUUUUGAAAAUAGGAUUCUGUCUCUUUAUGUGGAUGCACACAAAUACAUAGUUUUGAGUGUGCACUUCUAUGCACUCUUGGGUGCUUUUCUUGGGAAGAGUAUCAAGUGGUUUGCUCCUGAUUUCUUCUAUGAUAUUUGUUUCACUUCUCAACCUAGAUUAGAUCCCUGGAAUCUUUGAUAGUCUUCCAUCCAAGUACCAUCAGCCAAAGUUAGUUAAAUGCUGCCAUUUUAUAAUAAUAAUAAUAAAGUUGGAAGGGAUCUUGGAGGUCAUCUAGUCCAACCACCUGCUCAGGCAGGAAACCCUAUAUCAUUUCAGACAGAUGGCUGUCC